CCCACCGUAUGUAUUCUCCGUACUUCUUCGUGUUUUUUAACGUUGACUGCAUCUUGCAGAUGGCAUGAGAAACACAUAAGUCACGGAAAUAAAACAUAACCCAAGUCCCAAGUACCCUCUACGAUAUGGCAACCCUUGAUUAGACUGAGAUGUUUACAACACUCGGAAUCGAUUCUUUUGUUUUUUAAACAAUAUAAUACCUCUUAGCAUAUCAUAAUAACAAUGGCUAAUGAUCGUGAAGUGUUGCGUGAAAUAUGGGAAGGUAAAGUGCCUGUUUGUUUUCAAUUAGAUCCAGAGGAAGUAUAUGAUUUGCAGGCACCUGAUCCAUUUUAUUUGAUGGUGCCUAGAUUAAGUUAUUUCCCUCUUUGUACAGAUAAAGUCAGAAAACACUUUAUGCGACACGUACAGCAAGAAGGACAAGACAAGCCUGAAAAUGAAAUGUGGCUAGAAUUUAACGGAAUACCAUUGAAGUGGCAUAUACCAAUUGGUGCGUUACUGGAUCUGUACCAUAAUGAUGUACAGUUGCCUUGGAAUAUUGUUGUACAUUUUAGGAAGUUUCCAGAAGAUGUUCUAAUGAGAUGCAAUAACAAAGAAAUUGUUGAAUCUCAUUUUCUGUCUUGUAUCAAAGAAGCUGAUGUUCUGAAACACCGUGGUCAACUUGUUUCAAAUAUGCAAAAGAAGGACCACAAUCAACUAUGGCUUGGUUUAUUAAAUGACAAAUUUGAUCAGUUUUGGGCUGUGAAUCGUAAGCUUAUGGAAGCUACUAGCGAUGAAGGUUUUAAAUACAUACCUUUUAGAUGUUAUAUUAGUGAAGACAAAUACAUUCAGAGACUAGUCAAACCUUUAUUAGAAGAUGGACACAGAAAAACUUUGAAACACCUUUUGAAUGAACUUUUUCCAAAUGAAGAAACAGCCUCCGUUAGAACUCAUGGAAUAAUUCCUUCAUUGGAUGCUCCCCUGCAAUGGUUAUCAGAGCAUCUCAGUUAUCCAGAUAACUUCCUGCACUUGAUACUAAUAACGUAACACAUACAAGACUUAUCAGAAUUUUUAUCUAUUUAAUUAGGCUUCAUUUAAAGCUAUUGUGCAAAGAUAUUAAAAGAUAAUGCAUUAUUUUUUCUUAAAUAAUUGUCAGCAUCUAUGAGAUGCCCUAACAUUUUAUCAGCGAUCAUAGAAAGUAAGUCAAAAUGAACAGAACAUUGUCAGGCUAUUCGAAGCCAAAAUUUCAUGCAAGAUGAUAGACUGAUGGUAGUAUUGUACAGAUCAUAGACGUUCUUUGAUUGUUACUAUAUAUUUAAUUUAUGUACAUACAUUUUUUAUAUAAUUUAAUUUGUAAAAAUAGCUUGGUAUAAUUUUUACUAUCAAACAUGUGAUUCUGAUUGUUUAAUUCUGUUUGUUUUAGAUUAAUUUAUUGAAUAUUUUAUUAGAAAAAAGCACUGUUUACCAUUUAAAAAAUUUGUAUUAAUAUUCGUACGAUACGCUACUAUUGUGUAAAAAAAAAAACAAAUUAUAUCAUAGACUAUUAUCAUAAUAAAGUCUAUCAAAGUUUUAACGGAAAAA